AUGCGUUCUCUGCUUCUUCCAGUCGGGUCUCUAAGAAGCCGCUGGCUGCUAAGCGGCCUCGCGGCACGUGGUGGGGUACCUCCCUUUCUGACUCAGUUGCUUGCGGCCAGUCAUUGCGAGGCAACGGAGCGCAAGCGGGCGUGGAAGGGAGUCAUGUUUGAAAUAUGUGUGUCGCUCAUUUGUGUCGCCAGCACCCCGCCUCUUUGGUGGUACUUUGGGGAUCAGCAUUGCCCUGAGACCCGCGUUGUGGACCGCACCGCACCGCACCGCCCGUCCAUUCGACCACCGCUCCGGGCUCUGCUACAAUGA